UAUUGUGAAUGACAGUCGAUUAGGCCCUACGGAUGUCAAAGUUUUUGUUGAUUCUGCUACUGAACCAGAUGCUUUCCUCUGGAGACCUGCGAGAAACAUGUGCACGAUUAAAGAAGCUGUUGGUCAUAUCAUUGCAUGGCCUAAGAACAAAUGUGUUGAACUAGGUCAAGGCCUCCAACCAGAAGACAUUGCACCACUGGGCUCAAAAGCAAACUCUCUCAACAAGUGCAAACUACUUGAUUUAUCCGAUGAUAGUGUAGUUGUUGGUGAAGGACGUUGGCAGACACAAGAACCAAAAGCAUUGGUUAAUGGCAUUCCCCUCGGUCCAAAAGCAGUUAAAGUCUUUCUUGAUGUCAUACUUGAACCUCAAACUUUUUUAUGGAGGCCUACGUCAGACGUCGCAUACCUUGAGGAUUGCUUGAUGUCUUUCAUCUCAUGGCCUGCUCGGAAAGUUGUCUUCGAAAACCCACCUGAAGGAACAAGAAAUUCUCCUACACAGCACACUGCAUCCUCAGUAGGAAACACAAGAGAAACAGUUCUAAAAGUUCCAUCCAUCAGUUCUAAGUUUCCUACAUCCACAGCUCCUACUGAGAAAUCUCCAUCAAGCCAGCUAAAUCAUGGAUCGGAAGCUGUACAAGUUAAUAAGAAGUGCAAACUGAUGGACAUUAGUGGAAGGAAACGGGUUGUUGCCGAAGGACGUGUGCAUUCAACAGACCCAAAUCAAAUGGUACACUUUGUACGAUUGGGUCCGAAUGCAGCUAGAGUGUGGGUUGAUGCAGUGAUGGUAGAUGAUGCAGACGUUUGGAGGAAGUCUGAUGAAAUCGAGUCUUUGAAAGAUGCACAUGGUUCAUCUAUUGCAUGGCCAGUUGAUAAAUUGGUCAUAUUUUAAGAUGCACAUCAUGCAGGGGAUGAAGAAGUUUGGUCCAGAAAUAGCUAGUUUUAGACUAGGCUAAAAAAUUUUCAAUCGGCUGUUAUGUUUUCAAUCGGCUCUUUCUGUUUCUGGUACUUGAACUUAUGACUUAUGUAAAAUCACCAUCUUGUAUGAAUGUUUGGGUGUUCUAAUGAAGGAUGUUUGGUAGUU